AUGAAGUUUCUUUCAAAGGCGGAAGAAGGUCAUUCUAGCGGUAGCAAUGAGCAUAUGAGUGAUGGGGACAUCGAUUUGGAGUCCUUCCGGGACAAGAGCUCGAAUAAGUUUCAUCAAGACGAGGUCUAUGAGGAUACCGAAACUUUUCCAUCAGACGGGGUUGUCGAAACAAAACUCUCCUUUUGGAGCAGACUGUUUUUAGGCGCCAAUACGGAAACGAAAGGUAUCGAGCCCGUAACUGAGGAGGAGCAAACGGACGACUCUCUUUUGAAUGCAGCGUCGAUGUGGUUUUCUGCAAAUAUGGUCCUGCCCGCAUAUUCUAUUGGUGGGCUAGGUCCACUAAUCUUUGGGCUGAAUUUCGGUACCUCGGUGCUUGUCAUCUUCUUCUUCAACAUUUUGGGUCUACUACCGGUUGCAUUCUUUUCUUUGUUUGGUGCGGAACUGGGUCUGAGACAGAUGACACUAUCCAGAUACCUGAUAGGGAAUGUAACGGCCAGGAUCUUUGCGCUGAUUAACACGAUUGCAUGUGUUGGUUGGGGGGUUGUGAACACAGUUGCCUCUUCCCAACUCCUGAACAUGAUUAACCAAAAUGGUAAUAAGUGUCCGUUGUGGGCAGGCUGUAUCGUCAUUAUUGGUGCGACUCUGUUGGUCACUUUUUUCGGGUACCGUAUUAUCCACACUUACGAGAAGUACUCAUGGAUCCCUAACUUUGCUGUUUUCUUAGUUAUUAUAGCUCGUCUGAAGAUUUCUGGGAAGUUUAGCGACGGUGGAUGGGGGUCUGGGGCAACCACGGCCGGUAGUGUCCUCUCCUUUGGGUCCUCCGUGUUUGGGUUUGCCGCCGGGUGGACCACCUAUGCUGCUGAUUACACGGUGUACAUGCCCAAAAAGAUGAACAAAGUGAAGGUGUUUUUUUCCCUGGUUGCAGGUCUAUCCUUCCCAUUGUUCUUCUGUAUGAUAUUGGGGGCUGCUGCUGCGAGAGGUGCAGUCAACGAGCCCAGCUGGAAAGCCUACUAUGACUCUAACGGUAUGGGUGGCUUGACCUAUGGUAUUUUAGUGCCUAAUUCUCUUCACGGGUUCGGUGAGUUCUGCUGUGUUUUACUGGCAAUGUCUACUGUUGCAAACAACGUUCCAAACAUGUACACUAUUGCCAUGUCAGCCCAAUCAAUUUGGGAGCCAUUUGCCAGGAUACCGAGAAUUGUUUGGACAAUUGCUGGUAACGCUGCAGCACUAGGUAUUUCUAUCCCCGCAUGCUACUAUUUUGGUACUUUCAUGAACUAUUUCAUGGAUACUAUCGGCUAUUAUCUGUCGAUAUACAUCUCAAUUGCAUUAACUGAGCACCUGGUGUUUAGGAGGAGCUUCUCGGCGUAUCAUGUGGAGGAUUGGAACAGAUGGGACAAGCUACCGAUUGGUAUUGCUGGUACUACUGCACUUGUUGUUGCUGCAUUUGGUGUUGCGUUGGGUAUGGAUCAAACUUACUGGGAUGGUGAGAUCGGGCGUCUGAUCGGUGAAUAUGGUGGUGAUAUUGGGUUUGAACUGGGUGCUUCUUGGGCCUUUGUUGUUUACAUAAUAGGAAGGCCUCUUGAACUGAAAUACAUUGGCCGUUAA